CAUGAAACUCAAGUAAAUCAUCACCGUCCGAUGUUGCUACUGUCUAAUAAAAUAUUUAAGAGGAAGAUUUGCAAAGGCAUGCGUUAGUCUUAGAGAGGGUUAAUUUAAAAAAAAACACUCAUCUGCUAGCCUUGCUAAUGGAUUCCCAAUUUCAACUUUUUCAAGGCAUAUUAUAAAGUUUGUAAAAUAUACUUAGCACUUCAAGUAUUACAAUUCAUACAAUGAUUUUUAUUCGAAUAGCGCAUUUGUGAUUCUCCAUAGUGUUGUCAUUAAACACAAGUAUUCAUCACCGUCCGAUGUUGCUACUGUCUAAUAGUUAAACAUUGUAACAAAAAAGUUGGAAUUUCGAAUUUCGUAACAUUUAUUCCAGUCAACUCUUUUUAAAUCUUUUUUGCCAACUUUUUUAUUGUUUCUCUUCUUUUUUCUAGUCUUGGUCAAGCACUUCUUUAUGCAGUUUUUCUUAUAUUCUUUUUAACAUCCAUUACUAUUGUCUCUGUGCAUUCGUAAAAAGUGUGUGCCAAAAAUCGGAUGCGUCAUGAAUCAUGCCGUGGUCCCAACAGAUUAACUAAACAAAAAAAAAGUCCACGCGUCAUGUUCAGUUGCAACUGCAUAGUUUGCUCAACCUUUUUCGAUGUCUUGUAAAUAAAGAAUAAAUCGAACCAAAUAAAAAGAAGCAUGGAAUAACAUUGCGAUGUGAAUAAUGGGAAUAUCCACAACGCUCUAAUUAAUUUUCUAUCCAACUCUAACCAACUUUCAACUCUCCAAUUGCUAGUUCUAACUUCACUUUUCAUUAAAUUGGGAAUUUAAUUCAAUAGACUGGAAUUCAUAAAUUUAAAUAUAAAGUGAUUCUCCUAAUGCAUACCAGCAGAUAAUGAGGGUUGGAAUUGGAUUGUUAUUUACUUAACUUUUUUUUUAGUUCAACUACCAUGCAUUAUUAAUGUGUUAUCAUGUAAUCAACCACUAAUAAUUUAUAUAUCAAGAUGUUCAUGGAUAAUAUUGUUUUCAAACAUAUCACCGUACGUAAACUUAAAAUUCCAAAAAAAUCAAACAGUCUUUUAACUGAUUGAUCUAAUAUUACUGCAAAAUCAUAGAUCCAACUAAAAAAAAACAUUUUAUCCAUGGCUAAGUCCUAGCUACCUCAAAACCUUUUCAUUUAAGCUAGACAGGUUAAAGAAAGAGUAGUGUAUUCAUGUAUGUAACAAAAACAUACGUAGUAAAAUAGUUUGUUAGCAUUAAGCGAACUACUCCUAUCAUUUAUUUCAUGCAUACUUAUUACUUACAGUUAGUUAGCUAUUACGUAUGAAACAUCAACUCAGGGCAAGUAGCUAGUCUUAUUUAUUUUAAAGGCAAAUACACAAAACAUGAUGGAGCAACGGAUGUAUAUAGUGAAACAUGUUUAAUAUGAUUGGUUCACAACGAAACCCAUCAAGCACUACAUUCAUACUGGCAUAAUGCUGCCACCCAUAAGUUGCAAAUUAAUUAAUGAUGAUAUCAUUUAAUAUUCUUUGGGGUGUUAUAUAUUUACACUUAACAAAUUGAAGGGAAUUAAUAUACAAUACAUAAUAACUUAAUGUGGAAACUGACCAAACCGGUCGGUAGAAAAUGACACUAUAAAUAGAGAAGAGAGUCCGUGUUCUUUAAACAUCCGCCACUCUCUGCUCUACCUUAAACCGUAACACCUGAAUCUAUAUAUAAAAUCAUUAACGUAAGAUCGUAUUUCAGAUGGAUAAGCAGCGUAAGUCGAAGCAUCCCAAGACCAAUGCUUAUGCCACCAUUGUUUCCUCUUCUUCGGAAGAAGUGAGCAGUCUUGAGUGGGAAGAAAUAGCAAUGACACAAGAAGAAGAGGAUUUGAUCUGCAGAAUGUAUAAGCUUGUCGGCGAAAGGUGGGAUUUAAUAGCUGGGAGGAUUCCAGGAAGAACGGCACAAGUGAUCGAGAGGUUUUGGGUCAUGAAGAAUCAUCGAAGAGCUUGAUUACGUUGAUUGAUAAUUCUAUAUCAUUUUUAUAAUAAGGAAAUAUAUACGUGUAUCCUCUAAUCGUUGGUAAUUCUGCAGUUUUGUUCUUGUAUUUGGAGUUGUAUCUCGGGAUUUCAUACUUAUGUUUCUAAGUUGUCUUAAUUAAUUAAA